CGGGUCUUGCGACCAGCUGGGCGGGAAGAUGUCAUCAUUGCCAAGAAGAGCAAAAGCACGAAUCCAGACUUCAGUGUCUGAAGAUGAUUUUUCUUACAUCUCUGAGUUAUCAUCUGCCUCCGAAGAUGACAAGGAAGAUAGUGUAUGGGAGCCCCAAAAGAAGGCCCCAAGAAGCCACAAGCAGCCUGCUUCCAAGGAAUCCAAGCCAAAGAGGGCAUCUCGGGUGAAGAAGAAUACCCCACAAUUGAGUGAUGGCUCAGAAGGUGUGGCUGUUAAGGAGGAGCUGAAUGGCUCUGUGGCUAUUGCUGAUGUUGAUUUGGAAGAGAAAAAAACUAAGUCGCAUACUGUACACACCCGGAAAACAGUGAUGACAAAGCGGAAAAUUGCAGCCCCAAGGAACAAAAGGCUGAAAGCUGAUGGAGAAACUGCAGGAACCAGCAACUUAGAGAGUGGAUGUAGCAGUACAGAAAUGCCAUCAACAAGUACCAUGCAGGAAGGAGCAUGUAAGAAGGAAGAAGAGGAUGAUUUCACAUUUGGUCAGUCCCCAGUAAAGAAAAUGAAGACUGAAGCAUGCCCCCAGGGGCAGCCUGUCAAGUUUCCAUCCAGUGCUAACAAUAUUAAAGGAGAGAUGGAAAUGAACUGGGACAUAGUACAGGUUUUAUCUGAAAGAACUAAUAUUGAACUUUGGGUUUGUGCCAACAUCAUUCAUCUCCUUAAUGAUGAGAAUACACUUCCCUUCAUUAUACGCUACCGGAAAGAGCUCAUUAAUAACCUUGAUGCUGAUUCCUUGCGAGAUGUUCAACAAACACUGGAGGAGCUACGGGCUGUAGCCAAGAAGGCUUAUAGUACAAUCCAGAAAAUCAAGAAGGAGGGGAAGAUGUCUGAAUGCCUACUAAAAGCCUUGCUGAACUGUAAAACUUUUGAAGAGCUAGAACAUGUGUCUGCUCCAUAUAAAACUGGAAGCAAAGGCACCAAAGCCCAAAGAGCAAAGCAGUUGGGAUUAGAAGGAGCAGCCUGGACCCUGCUCCAGAAUCCCGCAGGGCUUAAUCUGCUGUCUUACAUCCGGCCAGAUGUUAAAGGUCUCUCUGUGCUCCAGGAUGUGGAAACAGGAGUGCAGCAUAUUUUAGCAGAUAUGAUUGCUAAAGACAAAGACACGCUUGACUUCAUUCGGAAAUUAUGCCAAAAUAGAUGUAUUUGUAUCCAGUCAACUCUGUCAAAAGUGUCCUCCAAAAAAGUAAAUGAGAAAGACAUUGACAAGUUUUCACUCUACCAGAACUUUUCAUGUAACAUAAGAAACAUCCACCACCAUCAGGUUCUCGCAAUUAAUCGUGGAGAGAAUUUGAAGAUACUGAUGGUCAAGGUCAAUAUUCCUGAUGGAGUAAAGAAUGAAUUUUGUAGGUGGUGUAUCCAAAACAGGUGGAGACCACGUGGCUUUGCAAGACCAGAGUUAAUGAAGAUCUUACAUAAUUCACUGGAUGAUUCCUUUAAACGCCUUAUUUAUCCUCUCCUCUGUAGAGAGUUCAGGGCCAAACUGACAUCGGAUGCAGAGAAGGAGUCCGUAAUGAUGUUUGGCCGGAACCUGCGGCAGCUCCUUUUAACAAGUCCGGUUCCAGGGCGCACCUUGAUGGGAGUAGAUCCAGGUUACAAACAUGGCUGCAAAAUAGCCAUAAUUUCUCCUACUAGUCAGAUACUUCAUACUGAUGUGGUUUACUUGCAUUGUGGACAAGGCUUCCGAGAAGCAGAGAAAAUAAAGAGACUUUUGCUGAAUUUCAAUUGCAGCACUGUGGUGAUUGGAAACGGAACUGCCUGCCGGGAAACUGAAGCUUACUUUGCUGACUUGAUAAUGAAAAACUACUUUGCACCACUGGAUGUUGUUUACUGUAUUAUCAGUGAAGCAGGAUCUUCUAUCUACAGUGUCAGCCCUGAAGCUAACAAAGAGAUGCCAGGGCUAGAUCCUAACCUGAGAAGUGCAGUUUCCAUAGCAAGGCGUGUACAAGAUCCAUUAGCUGAGCUAGUGAAAAUUGAGCCGAAGCACAUUGGAGUUGGAAUGUAUCAGCAUGAUGUAUCUCAGACUUUACUCAAGGCAACACUGGACAGUGUGGUAGAAGAAUGUGUGAGCUUUGUGGGAGUAGACAUUAACAUCUGUUCUGAAGUUUUGUUAAGGCAUAUUGCAGGACUCAAUGCCAACAGAGCCAAAAAUAUUAUUGAAUGGCGAGAGAAAAAUGGGCCCUUCAUCAACCGGGAACAGCUGAAGAAAGUGAAAGGGCUGGGUCCCAAAUCCUUCCAACAGUGUGCUGGCUUCAUCAGAAUCAACCAGGAUUAUAUUCAAACAUUUUGCAGUCAGCAAACUGUAUCUUCAGACCAAAGUCACAGAGUUGCUGUGACAUCUUCAGCAGGUGUUGAGGUCACAGGUGAGAAGCAGGCGAAGAAGAGGAGCAAAAUGACAGUGGAUGUUGUACUGAAGCCAAAUCCUUUGGACCAGACAUGUAUUCACCCAGAAUCAUAUGACACAGCAAUGAGAUUUUUAUCAUUCAUUGGAGGAACACUGUAUGAGAUAGGAAAGCCUGAAAUGAAACAAAAAAUUAAUUCAUCCCUUGAAAAGGAAGGAAUAGAGAAAACUGCAGAGCGAUUGCAAACAUCAACACAGACCUUACAGGUCAUCAUGGAUGGUCUCAGCCAGCCUGAAAGCUUUGACUUUCGAACAGAUUUCAAUAAACCUGAUUUCAAAAGAAGCAUAAUGUGCUUGGAAGAUCUGCAGGUUGGAACAGUUCUUACAGGCAAAGUUGAGAAUGCAACUCUGUUUGGGAUUUUUGUGGAUAUAGGAGUGGGAAAAUCAGGUCUGAUUCCCAUAAGAAGUGUAACAGAAGCAAAACUUUCUAAAACAAAGAAGAGAAGAAGCCUUGGACUGGGCCCUGGAGAAAGAGUGGAAGUCCAGGUGCUCAACAUUGAUGUGCCCAGAUCUAGAAUUACCUUGGACCUUAUUCAGGUUCUGUGAGUAUCUCACUGAUGGCCAAACACCAGUUGUAUUUCCUCGUUUCCCCUUAAACAAACAAACCAAUAGAUAUCUUUAUAUGGCAUUGUAUAGUAAGACUUUUCUGACCAAAGUUUAAUUUUUUAUUUUUUUGUAAUUCAUCUUUGAUUGCAUUUUUGUAACAGAUGGUUUCACAUUAACUUGCCCACAUCUGCCUUGGUGAACUUGUAUGGAUUGUCUUUUUUAUUUGAAUUGUACAAUGUUUGUUGACACAGUCGGAAGAGUGGAAUCCUUCUGGAAGUGUCUAAUCCUUCUGUUUGUAAUUUUUUUUAAAUCAGGUCUUUUGAAUGUGAUUCACAAUUUACAAUAAACUUCUUUUCUUUCCCUUGCUAAGCAAACAAAAUCACACCAGUAAAAUAGAUUCUGAAGUGUUUGUGACCAUCAAGUGAGUUGCCUCAAGCAUUUCUCAGAAUAUGUUUAUAUUGACCCCUGCAAUAAAGCUUUCUGGCUAGAGA